GAUGUGUGCAUAGAGAAGAGAGAAGAGAAACUUCCUUGACUGUAGCUCUCAGUAUGCUGUCAGUGGUGGAGAGGACGCUCUGUUUUUCAAAUGCUGCUCACAUUUAAGUUAAAAUAAAACUGGGACUUUUUACUCGAGCGCCAUGAGCCGUGGAUCCAAAUCUAAAACAGAGGGCAGACGGAGCUCUCUGUUGAGCCUACAGGAGAAUGAGAAGUUGGAGGAGCUGCUGGGCAGAAGGUGUGCUUCCAUGUCCACUGCAGUAGCACAGCUGUACAUGGCUCUGCCUCACAGUCCAUCCACAUGGAGCUUGCAGCACACCGGAGUCGUCUGCUUCGUCAAAGACAACCCUCAGCGCUCCUACUUCAUACGGAUGUUUGAUUUGAAGUCAGGGAGGCAAAUCUGGGAACAGGAGCUGUACAACCAAAUUGUUUACUCGUCGCCACUGCCGUACUUUCAUACCUUUGCUGCAGAUGAUUGUCAAGUCGGACUGAACUUUGCGACGCAACAGGAAGCAGACGAGUUCCAAAAUACUGUUGAGGAGAAAAUCAACCAAAGACACAACCGUCAAGACAAGAAACAGCGCCCCCCGCCGCCCAGUGAUAGAGGUUCCCUGCCUCCGACCCCGCCUGAAAAAGCAUCACCUGGAAGCCCUGGCUCUUUUCACAUGGCCACCGUGGACAUCCAAAAUCCAGAUAUCCAGACUUCCCGCUACCGCUCGAUGCCUACACCUGCUGCUUCCUCGGUGGUGAGCAGCAAAGGAAAGAAGGAUAAGAAGGAUAAGAACAAGAAAAAGGGCGUCAAGCUCUCCAAAGCAGAUAUAGGGGCACCCAGUGGAUUCAAGCAUGUUUCUCAUGUCGGCUGGGAUCCCAACAACAUUGACCCUGACCUGUGGAAGCUGCUCUCCCAAGCUGGGAUCAGUGAAGACGCGAUGAAGGAUGAAAAGACCUCCCAGCUCAUUUAUAAUGUCAUCGAGCAGUCUGGAGGCAUGGAGGCGGUCAAACGGGAGGCGAACAGAGCAGGUUCUGGACCUCCACCACCUCCACCUGGCAGACAAGGGCCUCUGCCUCCUGUGCCAGGCUCUGGCCAAUCUGCUCCAAACCCUCCACCUCCUCGAGGCCGCUCUGGUCCCCUGCCUCCAAUCCCAGGCCAGCCACAGCGCGGGCCCCCGUCCUCUCAACCACCUUCAUCACGUGGAGGCUUGCCACCCCCGCCUCCUCCAACAAACAGAGGCGGCCCUCCACUUCCACCACCGCCAGCACACUCUCCACCUUCUCAGUUCCCCUCACCGCCAUCCUCGAGGUUCUCCCAUGCCCCACCUCCACCGCCAUCCUCCCACAGCAUGCCUCCUCCGCCGCCUCCUAGCCAACAGCGCUCCGUGGGUUUCCCACCUCCUCCUGUGCCAUGUACGCCCAGCAGAGGUGGAGGUGGAGGUGGAGGAGGCCCACCCCCUCCUCCUCCUCCUCCUCCUCCGCCCCCUCCACCCCCUCAAACCUCUAUGUCUUCAGAUUUCCCACCUCCUCCUCCUCCUUUCUCCGGCGGCCCACCAGCACCUGCCGCUCCAUCCUUUGGAGGAGGAGACAGCAGAGGAGCUCUGCUGGAUCAGAUCCGACUUGGGAAGAAGCUGAGAAAUGUGACAGACACUCCUGAUGCAGCUCCACCUACAACACCAGAGUCAGGGGAGGGCAUCGUUGGUGCUCUCAUGAUGGUCAUGCAGAAGAGGAGUAAAGUCAUCCACUCGUCUGAUGAAAGUGAAGAUGAAGGCGGAGAUGAGGACGACGACGACGACGAAUGGGAUGACUGAUGUAGCACUUGAUGUUUGUGUGGAUUUUGAACUUAGUUCAACCCUAUUUUUAGGUUCAAACUUCUCACUUGCAGUACUGUUCCUUCCGACUUGUACAUGACAGUAGCUGUGGAUGGUUAAAUAAAAACAAUUCAAUAUUAAAAAAAGGACUUGAAAUAACACAAGUUUAAGAGAAUUCUGAAAUGUUUAUAUAUUUUGUUUGAACAUUUCCAGUGUAGGGUUCAUCAUCAUGACAGUACGUAGCACUGUGUGACUCAACAAUGAGGGUGAACGGUGGCGCCGGCUGGAAAAUAUCUUGUUAUCCUUGCGUUUCCGUUAAAAAAAAAAGAAAGAAAAAAGAGCCAUUGUUUUAGAAAAAGAUCUGUAAAUACACCAUAUGACAGAACACCAACAAUCAAUACUAAAUCUGAGCCAAUUUCAUUCCCAUUUUUAUAACAUACUGUACAUAAAAAAAAAUUAUGUUCCUGUAUCAUUUUCUCAUACAUCUGUGCAAAGAUCCCCAAAAUUCCCUCGAAUACCACCACCGACAAAGUGCAUAACUGGAAGAACACUGUACGCUAUACAUAUCUUCAACACUCACAUACUGUAGGUCACUAGAGCACAGGACAAGGUCAUUAUAUGACAACAUCCAAUGGAAUUAGCUUAACAGAAUACAUUACACCUUACAAACAUCAUUACACACCAAGACUGAAAACGGAACAACAGUAAAAUGUACAACUUGCAACAACAGGUAUGCAUGCAAAAUGUGCAUUCAUCAUAUUAUCUUCAUACAAUACAAGAGUAAUCCAAUUACCAUAUAUAUUAUAUUCACAAUUAAUAUAUUACAUUUCUGUUUCAGGAUACUUAAAAGUACCAUGUCUGUGGUUUUGCAUGUUGAAGCCGACUCCUGCAUAUAUUUCACAUCACACUGAAAUAGGUGAUGCAUCACAAUGACCAGUCUAUGUUUUUUUAAUCACAGUAAUAUUAGAGUUGAAUGGAAGUCCAGUUUGUUUUGAAAACUCUUCUUUUAAGAUGCAUUCAAGGACCUUUAUGAAUCAGCUGCCCCUAAAAUCUGUGCAUGUGCAAGUCAUGUUGUUGUUGUGAAAUAAAACUUAGAAGACGCAUAAUA